AUGAUGGUCCACCAAGCUCAACAAAUACAAUCACAUUUAUUAUUAACUGAUUCACAAAUAAAUUCCAUAGCUGGUGCUACAUCAGGCAUAUUGGUUAGCGUUCUUGUGAGUCCACUUGAUGUUGUUAAAACACAUAUUCAAGUAAAACGUUUACCAAAAGGUGUAGCUAAUACACCCAUACUAGUUUUCAUGUAUAGAUUAGGUCAACAAGAAGGUUUUCGAGCAUUUUAUAAAGGAUUAGGGGCAACAAUGUUGGGCUAUGUACCUAAUUGGGCAGUAUAUUUUACUACUUAUCAAUGGUUGAAAAAACAAUUUUCUUAUUUAACAUUAAUACCAUAUGGACAUGAUAUGUUAAUAAAUUUACUUGCAUCAAUUAUUGCUGGUGCAGCAGCUAAUACAGUCAUUGCACCAAUGUGGACCAUUCGUACACGUAUGAUGACACAAUUAAAUCAUGAAAAUUAUCGAAAUUCUUUUCAUGCUGCUCAAAAAAUUUAUCAAACUGAAGGACUUUAUGCUUUAUAUCGAGGUCUUAUACCAUCUAUGUUGGGUUUGAUUCAUGUUGGUAUUCAAUUUCCGUUAUAUGAAUAUUUUAAGAAAAAAUUAGCCACUAAUUCAUCUUCUGAUCAACGUUUAUCGAUAAAACAACUUAUGUUUGCAUCGAGUAUUUCGAAAUUAAUUGCUUCUUGUGCGGCAUAUCCACAUGAAAUUGUUCGUAGUCGUCUUCAAAAUGCUGGACAUGCUCGACAUAUACAAUUAACAUCUUCAUCUCUAACGGUACCAUUCCAUGAAUAUAAAAAUGUACGUGAUGCUGUACAAUCCAUUGCUAAAGAGGAAGGUCUACGAGGAUUUUAUCGUGGUUUUUUACCUAAUCUAAUAAGAACAAUCCCAUCAGCAGUAUUAACUUUGUUAUCAUAUGAAAAAAUGAGAGAAUUUCUUGCUGAUAAUUUUGGUGAAAAUUCUAUAGAAUUAUAA